GUUCCGGUUGUGGUGCUUGCUGAACAGGCAUUGCUUACCUGUUCCAUUCCCUGUAAUCAAGAGUGAGAUUUCCGGUCAUUUGAAAAUAGCCUACGAAACUAAAUUAUUGCAAGCUUUGAGUAUUGUUUUUCAGUCGUAGGGAGACGAGGAACGAUUCAGAGUCUAGACCUCGACUGCGACACCAGGAGACAAAAAAAAUGAAUAAAAAAGGGCCAAAAACCCUACGAGCCUAUCUGGUACAAUACAGUAGCGUCGGCCUGCAGCUUCAGCGCACGCCCACUACCAACCCAAAAAAACAGAGUGGCCCCGGCAAAAAAAAAAAAAAAAAAAAAGAACCGGUGCGCUGUACGGGCAGUUAGUGCUCGUUAGUACAUGCGACGUCAGUCAGGGUUGUUCAGCCAUCUCGAAACCUCGUCGAGGGCCGUCGCGCGUUAAGCUCUGACCCCCUUCGGCCGUCGCCAAUUGAACUGGGCCUGCUCCAGGGGCCCUUCCAUCCCCGACUCGCAUAGCGGACCUUGUCGCAGCUUACGCACCAGAAGGGCUGGCAACGGCCCGUCAGACGACGCUCUCUGCUUUACUCAUCCUCCACAGCCAAAACCAGACCGGGACAGCCCUACCUUUCUUGGCUUAACACCUGCUCGUGCUGGCGCCUGCCGUCGCGAUGCAGCAACAACAAAGCCUCCGUCUACCGCCCCUGCAACUGCAAAUCAGCACCAUAGAAGCUGCACGAACAUUUCCCUCGACCGAAUACGGCGACAACAACUCCAACCUCCCGACGACACCGACGUCUGACCGAUCCCAUCGGAAGCCCACCACCCCUAGUCCACUCCAUACUACGACGACCGCGGCGUCCGACGACAUUUACAACAGCUCGACCGCUUGCGAUCCGUCGUCUCUGCACGCGAGCAGGGCUAACAUUAUCGACGGCCGACCCCAAAAGGGACAUUUGCUUCCAACGGCCACCAUUGGGCAAACUCAAUUCUGCACUCAACAGCAGAGUUUAGCCAGCACCCCGACCUCCGACGAACCACAUACCGCGUCAUCAUUUCGACGAAUUCCUCAUGAUACCCAGAGUGCACCCGACUUCGUGAGACCUUCGACGCAGCCGGAAGGGUCUCAGGCUUGGCCAGCGAUCACCAUGGCUGGACCUCGAGUGGAAGCGGCCAAGGGUGCCCCUCGUAACUCGUCCAUAGACUCUGCCAUUUCGGCCAUUUCGACCAGCUCACAAUCCCACAAAAAUCUUAAAAGUUCGGUCGACAGCCCAACGGGGCCUUUGGAUAUUGGCAACCUGAUCAAGGCAGCCGGUAGUGCUGAGGCAGUUAUCCAGUAUCUUUUGAAAGAAAAAGCAUCACAAGCACAGCAAAAUUCACAACUAUGGAGGCUCGUGGAUAAGCAAAGGGCCAUGAUCUUGGGCUUAAACAAGGAUUUGGAAAGAGCGUUAAAGGACAAAGAAAAGUAUCGGAAGAAGCUCAAAGAGGUUCUACCCCAAGUACCACCGCUGCCAACGACAGCAUCCUUGGAAAGGUCAAUGACGGACCCAACGACCUCGGGCCGUCCUCCCCAGUUGCAAAAGCUUGAUGUGCCUCUUUCACCUGCCUUGGAUUCCGACAGCCAGAGGCAGUCUCCCAUCGAGGUUGCACUGGCACCCUACCCAAUCACACCUCCAGCAGAUCAACCCAAUGGCCCUCCCACCGCUGUAGGAGAAAUGCUUGAUCCCACCCACACGAUGCCCAAGGCCCACGAGCACGCCCUCGACAAGUACGACCACGAAGCGGAGGAGCGUGAGGCCGAGGACGCCCGCAAGGCGGCCGAAGAACUGGAAAUCCCGAUUCAUCUGGCAAUGCCCCCGACAAGAAGUCCCCCGAGCGAACCGCCGCGGAUGCCGCCUCCCAAACCACCAGCACCUUCCAUGAGCUCCGGUGACGGUCUCAGCCAGUUUCCCCUUCCGCCCGCAGCACCACCACGGAAGCCACCCCCAGCGCCCAUACAAAUACAAACUAAUACCCAGACGUCGACUGAUGACGGCGAGGCCGAUCUCGACUCGACCGAUUCGGAUUUGGAUGGCCUGAUCGGGGUUGCCAAUGGAGCAGACGUUGAGAGGAGAGGGCGACGUAGAACUCGCGAGGAGGACGAGCACGAUAGAGAGAUCAUUGCUCUGAAGGAGGCUGAGAGGCGCAGCCUGUCUAAGAAGAGCAACAAGAGCACGGCAAGCUCCAAGGGCACGCCCAGGGAAAACCUGCCAGUUCCCAAUCUGCCGGCAAGCCCGCAGACCAUCCGACAAGGCAACCAGGCUGAACAUACGUCUAUGUUGACCAUAUUGAAAGCCGGUGAACGAGAACUUGCGCUCCCACCGCCACCGCCAUUGAUCAGCCCUGGUCUUCCUUCGAGCCCUCGGCCGUUCGCCUUGAGUGCAGCCAACUCAUCGUUCAGCUCACCACCACUGUCCCCACGCCAACUUGGUGCUUUUGCGAGUGCCCCAUUGUCUCCGCGGCCACCACGCCAGCCGAUACCGUUACCACUAAACACCCCGCAACAAACACCGCCUUCAGAAGACCUAAAAUCGCCCAAACCCCUGAACAUUGUGAAGAAGGCUAUGGACGCUCUUACGGCGACGAGCCCCACCAAGCCUACGAGCUCGCGUGACAGCCCAGUGGGAGAAGCCCAAGUUUACACUGGCUUUGUCACGGAAGAAUAUCCUGAUCUGCUUCUACCUCCCAAUGCACUUCUAUCGAUCGAAGUCAAGGUGGCCUCAUCACGAAUGAAGCCAUCGCGUGCCAGUCUCCUCUCGCUCACUCAGCUUGAGGAAGACCCCGUAUUCACACUGGCGGUUCUGCUGCGGGGUCAAGGCAGCGAGCUCUGGCGAGUGGAAAAGGAUUCAGUAUCUCUUGCAAAGCUUGAUCAAAGAUUGAAGCAGUGCCCGGCCUUCACCGCCAAAACGCCCGAUCGAUCUCUCUUCAGUGGCCAUGCCCCCGCGAAGCUCGACGCCAGGCGGAUGGCAUUGGACCUGUAUCUUGACGAGUUGUUGAACACACCUUUGGACACGGAAACAGCCAUCGAGCUUUGCAAAUACCUUUCGACGAACACCCUUCCAGCCAACGCAGACGAGACCGGCAUUGCAAUCCCGCGACCCGAUAGCCAGCCACAAAAGACGGGACCUGGCGGUCGUCCCUUCAGGACUGGCUACCUCACCAAACGUGGCAAGAACUUUGGUGGUUGGAAAGCUAGGUUCUUUGUCCUCGAGGGUCCUCAGCUACGAUACUACGAGACCCCCGGUGGUGCCCACCUCGGAACUAUCAAGUUGCAGAAGGCUCAGAUCGGAAAGCAGUCGGCACCUCAAACGAACGGCACGUCUUCUCCCUCGUCGGCCGCAGGCGGGAACGAGGAGAUGGACAACCAAUAUCGCCACGCUUUCCUCAUCCUCGAGCCCAAGAAGAAGGAUCCAUCGUCGAUGACCAAGCAUGUCCUAUGCGCCGAGAGUGACACAGAACGCGACCAGUGGGUGGAUGCACUCCUGCGCUGGAUCGACUACCGAGAUCCCGAGGAGGAAGAGGCCAAGAAGAAGGAGGUAUUGAAGAAGGAGUCAAAGCAGGGCCAAUCAGGCGAUGGGCGUGUUGGGCGUUCAAACUCAAAGCAGAAAAAGUCUGGUCGGCCUCAAAAGUCGCAAGACACUGAAUCCCUAAUUUCUGUAAAUUAUGAGGCCACUCAGCAAGGCGAGAUGCCUCAUUCGGCACCCAACCGCAAGGGCAAUUCAGGGCCAAAUUAUGACCAGCCCUGCCCGACUCCAAUGGGCAUGAGCUCUCAGCAAAACUUUGCCAUCUCGGGUCCUCAGAAUCCCCAGCCUAUCUCGGAUUCGGCCUCUUGGGGAAGUAGGACUGGAGGCGGUGGCCUGGUACCACCCGAUGAAAAGAAGAUUAGGAAGCGCAGCUUCUUCGGCUUUGCUACCAAGCAACAACCCCGUGGCUCGAGCGAUGGCACUGACUCACUGUUCGGGGGAGAGUCUAGCACCGGACCAAGUAUAGCCUCCGGGAGCCACCCUACAGGACCCUUCCGGCAAGUGUUUGGUGCUCCUCUGGCCGAGGCUGUGAGGUAUAAUGCGCCAUUUGAUGUCAAGGUUCCCCUCCCGGCGGUCGUCUACCGCUGCAUCCAGUAUCUCGAAGCAAACAACGCACUGAACGAGGAGGGCAUAUUCAGGCUCAGUGGAUCGAAUGUGGUCAUCAAGCAGCUCCGUGAGCGGUUCAACACGGAGAGCGACGUAAACCUCAUCGCUGACGAGGCUUACCACGAUAUUCAUGCCGUGGCAUCCCUCCUCAAGCUAUACCUCAGGGAGCUUCCGACGACGAUCCUGACGAGAGAUCUUCACAUGCACUUCGUUUCGGUAACCGAGAUGCCCAACUCGGCUGCCAAGGUUGCCGCGCUGAACGAGUUGGUUGACAGGCUGCCUACUGCAAAUGCCACUCUCCUCAAGUACCUGAUUGCCUUCUUGAUCAGGAUCAUCAACAAGUCAAACAUCAACAAGAUGACCGUCCGCAAUGUCGGUAUCGUCUUCUCCCCGACCCUGAACAUUCCCGCUCCCGUGUUCGCCAUGUUCCUCCAGAAUUACGAAGGCAUAUUUGGUAUCGACGCGGAGCAGUACGAGCUACCUUUGCAGCGAGACGGCCCGGGAGAGCAGUCUAGGUAUCAUGAAGAGGACACCCGUAGCGUCGACAUGAACGCGGCGCCUAUGCAACGACCGGCGGGCCCCAGGCGCCCGUCGAUGGCCUCAAUUGAGCAGGUGCGCCCAAUGACUUCGGGUCAGGGCGGCUCACCUCACCGCCAGCGCUUGGCGGAGCAGGAGCGGCAGCGAAGCUCGCCGGAACCCAGGAUAGGACUGGGUCAGCUUACCAAUAAUCAGAUGAGGUCAAACCCGAAUCCCCCACAGCAGCAGCAACCGCAGCAAUCGGUUUACGAUCCGCAGUACUUGUCGCAACAGGGCUACCAAGGCAUCCCCACUGCGAUUUCCAACAGACCCGCUUACGAAGGGGGCUUUGCGAUGCCGCAGAGUUUUGACAUGUCGCAGCUACACACACCAACGGGACCCCGGAUGGUCAACCCGGGAUACGACAGGCCAUUGUACGAAGGCAGCGCUUCUGCUAGCAGUGGAUAUGACGCCUACAACCCUGGCAGCUCGAGGUCUAACCGCCGUGAAAGCGUCCUGAUGGGUGGCGCCAUGAUGGGAGGGCUGAACAACCAAGGCUCGAGGAGCCGUCUAAACCAUGAGACUCGCUACUAGACGGGAACGCAUACAGAGUGAUUUUUUAGUUUCUUUCUGAAGUAUUAGAAAAUUUCUCCAGAAGACAACGUUUCAGUGCCAAGAUAUUUCUAAAUACCCGGAUAAGCCUCACUCAUAAUUUUUGACCUUAUUUUUUGUUUUUGUUGUUCACAUAUACCUGGGGAGGAGACUGCAUUUUGGGAGCAGAGUCUAAAACGGUUCUUUUAUUUCACAUUUCCCUAUUGCUUCAGAGAUACCACUUCUGCUGGCUUUCUGAUUUAUUGUUCAGAAGACGAAGUUUAUUUUCCAACCCCUCUUAGCUGUUGCUUUUGACCAUGCCUUUGAUUUUCUUCUCUCUCAUAUUCCCAGGGCUGGUUCUUUUCUUUUGGAAUGACUGUGGCUUUUCAGACCUAUCAAACUGCUUUUUGCAUCUCCAUUGUUUUUUUUUUUCUGGGUGGCUUUCUUUUUUGCACUAAAUUCCAUGUAUACCUAGGUCGAACAUUCAAGAGCGCGACUGUCAUGUAAACGAGAAAAAAAGAAAAAAGCAAACCCACGCAUGACGAUAAUAUUGGACUUAGCUAAUCAAUGUCAUGAGCUCACUCCAGGCGGGGACUCGGGUACUUUUUUGCAUACAUGUUGCUUGGUUUAUUUGUGAAGAUG